AUGAAUACCUCUAAUUUAACUUACAGAUAGCAACAGCAUAAUGUGCCAAAACUCAUUAAAAUAGACCCUUUCAAAUAAGAUGAUGAGGCUGUCAAUGAUGAAGAGUUUGAUAAUAAUUAUGUAUCAAGCAUAGUAAUUGAGAGAGAAGCCCCGUUGCCUACUUACUUCUCAAACUAAAGAGACUCAAAGAAGUAUAAAGCAGAGAAGGAUGUCAAAGUUUCUUUUCUAGAGGAUAAUGAUUCAACAUAUUGGGAAAGAUCAUCUUAGCUUGAUGAGUGUAAAUUUUAGUUUCAGAUAAAUACUAUGGGGCUUAUGAGUUAAAGAGUUAGAUGGUUGAAACAAUAGAGGGGGCUGUCGUUUGAGUUGUUCGCAAAUGUAAAGUCAUACUAACAGCAACAGUAAUAAUAAUAGUCAGAGUAUUAUCAUUUCCACAAAAACUCUCAAGAAUCGCAGUAAUUUGGAGGAAGAGAAUUAAAGGUAUUAAAUGAUUCAACACAGAUGACCAACAUGAAAAGUAAAACAUCGGGAAAUAUCCUUGUAUAGUGCAAGAGUUGCGAUCAAAGCAAAGUGCCGUUAACGGAUGAAAAUAUUCGUAAUUCAUAAUAAACAACUAGUAGAUCAACUGCGAUUGAAAAUAGUAUUAUUAACGACUAGAUAUGUGAUGACUGCUUUAGAUAAAAUAAGCUUAAUAGUAUUGGCAGUUCCCGCAGGAAAUGUAAAAGAACUCGUGUUUCUAUCAUAAAACUAGUAAAUAAGCCAGGGAUAUCUCCUACUAACUAAAAGGUUGAGAUUAAUCAAGUCGCCAAAAAAGAAUGCUUUGAAGAUCCUGAACCCAAAGCUCCCAUUAGUAGCUUCUGCUCAGAAUCCACAGAAUUUAAUGAGUAUGUGCAUUACUAUCCAGAGGACUCAUCUAUAGAAAUUGUAUAAGUAACGGAAGAAGAUAAAGAACCAAUAGUAAAUGAAAUUGAGCAAGUUAUUAGUUAAUCAGAGGAGAAUAAAUUGCAUGCAAUUCUUAAGCGAAAUCUGGGAUAAUUAUCGCCCUAAUCAGAGUUUAAGAAAAAUGACAGAAUAUAUGAUAUAAUAAACUAGGUACAAAUCUAGGGAUCGAUAUUAGAUAGACUUAAAAAAAGCGAUGGGGAGAAGGACAGUGCAAAUGUAAGUUUGACUUCUUCGUAGUAGAGCAUUUCAUUCAAUCAAAAUGAAGCCUUUGUGAAACUUUUUAAGGACAUAAAGCUAAAACUGAGUUUGAGAUAUUCAUCUACACUUCAACUUACUGCAAUUUCUAUUAUAGGAUAUAUAAUAUCGAGCGAUGUUCAUGCUUUAAUGCUAGACAAGCUUAGAAGUCUUGCUUAUCAUGUGCAUCAAAAUAUGAUCGUUAUCAUUCAAUUUAUCCUUGAUAGAUUCAACCAAGAAUAGGUCUCUUAAAAUGUUUGGUUGAUUAAGCUGUAAAAAUUACUUUCAGAAAGUCCAAUAUCAUUGCAACUAUAAAGAAGUAGAGAUCGGAUUGUUAUGAUAUCGGAUAAUAAUAUGAUCAUCAAGACUCUGCUUGAUUGCAUUCUUUAAAAGUCUUUCUAGGAUAGACAUAAUAUUUAGAAUAAGGAAAAUUAUGAUAUUUUUAUGAACCCUAUCUUCGAUGCUUCCUUUGAAGUUCUCAAUAAGAUAGAUUUUUUGAACUUUAAAUAGUGCAAAAACAUUAUUGGUAAGAGCUUGCGAUCAGAUUUUUCUGAAAUUGAAAUGAAGAUAGAACAAGAAGCUUUAAACAGGUCGAAUAAUGUUUAGACAGCUAAUGAUUACCGAGUAAGAGUGGAUGAUGAUCUUCCUCUUGUAGAAGCACCUUACCUCAAAGUACCAGUCCUAAAUAAAAAGUAUACUUUAGUAUUGGAUAUGGAUGAAACGCUCAUUCAUUGUCACGAAGUAUCUGAGACAGAAGUGGAGUUAAGAGUGAGACCAGGAGCCGAAGAAUUUUUGAAAAACAUGUCUAAAUACUACGAAAUCAUUAUUUUCACAAAUGCUUAGCAGGAUUAUGCUGACUGGGCAUUAUCGCAUCUAGACACCAAAAGUUGUAUUGACUAAAGAUUUUACAGACAACAUGCUGUGCCUUUAUCUACUGAGGAAAAUUGCCAGUAAGCAUUUUAUGUCAAAGAUAUCAGCAGAAUUGGAAGAGAUAUUAGCAAAAUGAUAAUAGUGGAUAACAUAGCAGAAAAUUACAGACUCCAACCAGAAAAUGGUAUUUUUAUAAAGACAUGGGAAGAAGAUCCUUAUGAUUCAGCUCUGCAUGAAUUGGGCCCUCUCUUAGAGGCCAUUGCUUAAUCAAACUUUAGCGAUGUACGAGAUGCAUUAAGAAUAUUCAGGGACUAUAUGAUGAAAUAGCUUGCUAGUGGAAAUCCUAAUCCAACCUAAGGAAUAUCUCAAAAACUAAAAGAAAUCUUCAAUAAGCAAAAUAGAAUAUUAGAAAAAGAAAAUAGUUCUGGUAUUCAUCAUAAAUGA